GAAUAUAAAAUGAAAUGAUUUAGAAUGCAAGCCUGUGAGUCUAAUCAUAGAACUUGUGGUAGCUGUUUGACUUUUAGAUAUUGUGAUUUUUAAACUAUAAGCAUGGCUAAUCAAUUAAAAAUUGUUUUUUUCCUUGUAUCACUUCUUAUGGUAUUCGUAUUUGUUAUUGGACAUCCUCAAGGAAGUAACAGCUACGAACAGUGUCUUUCUAGAUGUCCAACAACUUUUGAAUAUAGUCCCAUCUGUGGGAGUGAUAAUGUGAGCUAUUCUAAUAGGGGCAGUUUAAAUUGUGCAAACAAGUGCGGAAAGUCUGUGACAAUGUUGCGGCAAGGAUCAUGUUAGAUUUUGGAUCUUUAUACAAAUAUUGAUACUUUGAAGACAUAAAAGUGAUAUUGAAAUAUUUAAAAUGCGAUCAAAAUAAAAAAAAAAAUGCAAUAAUAAAACAAACUAGA